CCUUCAUGAGCUGCCUUGACCCCCUCUGUGGAUGAGAGAGAGAGUAAGGGUGAGGGCGAGCCGGUCUGCCGCCUUUGUUGCUCUCUCUGCUUCUGCUCCUGCUCCUGCCCGUCUGCCUGCAAGUUAAGAGGGUGAAGCAGGAGGAGAAGAAGCCAGAGAAUUCGUUGGUGUCUCUGUCGGUCUUAUUCUUCUCUUUCUCUCUCUCUCUCUCUCUCUCUAUAUCUAUAUAUUAACACACAUACAUACUCCUUCCUUGCAUUGCUCUGCUCCGCUUGUCCUCGUCAUGGCCCACUAUCCUGCCGGUUCUAGGCUCAGGCUUUGGCUGAGACUCGAUCUCACCCGCUGCCAGCGCCGCCACCAAUCUCGAUCCCUUUGUGUCGAUGCUCGUGUUCCCUCCCCUUCCUCUUCCUCCAAUUUGCUCCCUGGUGCCACUCUUGCCACCUUACUCAUGCUGGGCACUUUGCAUGCUCGCCGUCUUUACGAGGAUUCUAAACUUCAACAGCAGCGCGUUCAAGGUGCGGAGAUUGAGUUUGCCGCAGACUGGAAAGCUACAUUUUUGCAGUUUUUGCCACUUCGCUUCAUUUCUAGGAGAUGGGGUGAGUUCACAUCAGUGGAAUUGCCGCUUUGGUUACGACCGUAUGUCUAUCAUGGGUGGGCUCGAGCAUUUCAUGCUAAUCUUGAAGAAGCGUCGUGGCCAGUAGAAGAGUAUCCGUCUUUGCGUGCUUUCUUCAUACGGAAGCUUAAAGACGGUGCGAGGCCGCUUGAAAUUAGUUCCACCAAUCUCAUAAGUCCUGUGGAUGGAGUAGUUGUCGGCUAUGGGCAAGUGAAGGGUCCUGGAACUAUGAUUGAGCAGGUGAAGGGAUUUUCGUACUCCUUGCCGGCAUUGUUAGGAGCCCCGCUCCAGCUCUCAGGGGGGAAGGAUGGGAAGUUGACUGAGGACAAACAGACUUUGACGACCUCACCUUCAUCGACGGGUCUUCAAGUCUUGGAUGUGGCAAGAAAUAUUCCAAAGUCGUUGGAUAAACCUUCGAAGGGAUUGUUCUACUGUGUACUUUAUCUUGGACCAGGAGAUUAUCAUCGCAUUCACUCACCGAGUGAUUGGAAGAUUCGUUUGCGACGCCAUUUUGCAGGAAAAUUGUUCCCAGUCAAUGAUCGGGCCGUUCGGACUGUGAGAAAUCUCUAUGUUGUGAAUGAAAGGGUUGUGCUGGAAGGCGAGUGGUCUCAAGGGCUUAUGGCUAUGGCUGCUGUUGGUGCCACAAAUGUAGGAUCAAUAGAAAUUUCGUUUGAGCCCGAGCUGAAGACAAACUUACCCUUGUUAGGUCAGCAGGCGCCCUCUGUUGUCACUGCACAGAAAUAUGGAGUCGAUGGAGAAGGACUUGACGUUAAGGCUGGUGAUGAGGUCGCAGUAUUUAACUUGGGUUCUACAGUAGUGCUCGUCUUUGAGGCAUCCGUUGGUGGAGAAGGUCUUAACGUUGGUUUGCAGCAAGGGCAGUUCAAGUUUUUACUGCGAAAAGGACAACGUGUGAAGAUGGGACAAGCGAUUGGGGAUGUGAUGCCCAUUUCAGGGGAUCAUAAUCACAUGCCUUAAAAGGCUGCACCAUUAUUAGGAUUUGUGCUAUUGAAGCGUCCAUUACUCAAACCUGGCAGUCGGCGGCUAUUCUGCUCCACCAUUCAAAAUGCCUCUGGAAAGACUUCAACAUGCACGACUUCCUACUAGUAAGUUUUGUGUGUGAGCAUUAGGCGAGCGUGAUCUUGUUCACUUUAUCUCAGUUUUGUCUCUAUUAUUUUUUGCGUCUGACUAGGUGGUAUUUUUACUGCAUUGCAGCACCUAGAACCUGCUUUGCUUGCAUUAUUUGGAGCUCUCUGUCUGCCGUCAACAUCAAUCUCCUGUUGAAAGCAAAUUGAGUAUACCAGUAAAUGAAAAGUGAUAUCAUAUCUACCUUCUUUCAACAAGGAUGAGAGUUAUUCUCGUGAGCAUAGGCUUUGAGCAGGUUACAGCGGAGUCUAACCUCGAAGUCGUGAGCAAUAAAAUUUUGCGUUACUUCUGGGUAUCAAGAUGCGAUCAGGUUUCUGUGUUCAGACUGCAAUUGGGUUAAGUAAUCGACUCUUUUUGUCUGGAAGAGAUGGGCAUUCCAGCGUCAAGUCCAUUCUCAAAAGUUGGAAUUGUUUAUUUCAAAUUUAGAAUCCUAAAUUUACUAAUUCAUAUCGCAUCUCGAUGAAAUAUUUAUUUAGGAGCUCCUCUGUGCUUUAAACUUGCAUCAAGAUCUUGAUACAUCGUGUAAAUUUCAUGGUUUAAAUAUGAGAGUUCUGUUUUAGCAGCUGCAAGUCUUGUAAUAGUCAAGUAUCACAAAAUGAACGCGAUUACCGGCUGUCAUAAUUAUGAUGUUAGUGUUUGCAGAAAUGAUAUCUUCAGUUAUUUUUGUUUCUUCAGUAAAACAAAUACUUUUCUAUGAGGUGGAGGUGGGAUUCUGUCCCUACAUCUGGCCAGAGGCGUGUCUCUGGGUGUGCCAUCCAAAGUCGAAGACAUUGUCAGGUGAGGAGGUUAGUUGGGGUGCCAUAUCUGUUGAAAUAUAACUGUGUGGAACGAAACUGAUGAAAUCAGCACUAGCACAGAUGGUGAAAGCAGGGUUUACUGAUUUGUCAGCUUUUUUUAGUUUGAAGCUAGAGGCGAUAGAAAAGUUAUCACAAAUUUGCCAUAUCCGUGAAGUCGUGAUUUUGUUUUUGAUCUUUCGGAGUCGGCUUUCAAUUUUGCACCCAAUGAUGUCAUGAUUCUGCAAGGGAGUGAGGGGUAAAGAAUUUGUGGAAGUGGUCAGCUGCAAUGGCAAAAAUAAGCCACACGAAGAUUGUUUUACUUUGGAAGAAAGUUUGUGAAUUGUGAAGAACAAUUAAUGGGAAAAGUACUUUUUGAAAGAGGGCCAAUUUCUAGAUAGCUUGAUCUAAUAUUCCCCUUUCUAAACUAGUUUGGUAAUUGAGAGAUUAGCGAUUUGUGUGGGAGUGCAAAGCCUUGGGCAAUGAGGGAGGAAAUCAGAGUGGAAAGUGGAGAUUGAUGGAUUAAUUUAACAUUUUCCAAUUUUUUAAUCAAA